UAGUUUCCUCUAUCUUCCACGGUCCAAUUUUGAUUCAGCCAUUCAUUUUCCUGCGAGUCUCCUUUGUUUUUCUUUCUCGGUUCCUCUCUUCUUCUUUUUCCCAAACCAACACCCAGAAAGAGGGAGGGAGAAGAAGAAGAAGAAAAAGAAGAAGAAUGGAGGGUGAGGGUGCGGCAGUGUGGCAAGGUGCGGUUUUGGGUGGAAUACUUUUCUGGAUUGUUUCUGCUUCCUACCUCGACGUUACUCGCAAGCUUAGAUCUUUGUUUCAACCUUGGGUUUCUCAUCAUGUUGAAACUCAAACCUCUGUUGUCCUUAAGAUCCAGAGUUACGGGUCUGGGUUCCUGGAUGCACUUUUCUCAGGGUUGUCUUGCGUUGUUUCUGUGCCCUUCUACACUGGUUUUCUCCCUCUGCUGUUCUGGAGUGGACAUGGCAAACUGGCGAGGCAGAUGACGUUGUUGAUGGCGUUUUGUGAUUAUCUUGGUAACUGCAUAAAGGAUGUGGUUUCAGCCCCAAGACCUGCUUCUCCACCUGUCAAGAGAGUAACUGCCACAAAAGAUGAAGAAGAGAAUGCGUUAGAAUAUGGAUUGCCUUCUUCUCACACCCUCAACACAGUUUGCUUAUCUGGCUACCUUCUGCACUAUGUCCUGACUCAUACUCAAAUUCAAGGUGCCUAUGUUACUUAUCUUGGAAUUUCUCUUGCCUUCAUGCUGGUGCUUCUCAUUGGUUUGGGAAGAAUUUAUCUUGGCAUGCAUAGUGUGGUUGAUGUUCUUGCUGGCCUUCUUUUUGGAUUGCUGAUCCUUGCAUUCUGGCUUACGGUUCAUGAACACAUAGACAAUUUUGUGAUCUCAGGACAAAAUGUUACAUCCUUUUGGGCUGUCUUGAGCUUCCUCUUGCUUUUUGCUUAUCCUACACCUGAACUUCCAACUCCAAGCUUCGAGUUUCACACUGCAUUCAAUGGUGUUGCACUGGGAAUUGUGGCUGGAGUACAGCAAACAUACCAUCAAUUUCACCAUGGCGACGUUCCUCGUUUGUUUUCUUCUGAAAUGAGUGUGGCUGUAUUUGCGGGAAGGAUGCUGGUGGGUAUACCUACAAUUUUAACUGUGAAAUUCUGCAGUAAGGCUCUUGCAAAAUGGAUCAUUCCUAUGGUAGCAAAUACUUUAGGCAUUCCAAUAAAAUCAACCAGCUAUAUACCCACAUUGAAUGGAUCCGCUGCGCUCAAAAAGACUGAUAAACUCAGACAAGGUUACUUCCAAAAGCUCCUUUCGCGGCAUAAGGCAUUCGAUGUUGAUACCGGAAUUAGAUUUCUUCAGUACGCAGGUCUUGCCUGGUCUGUAGUUGACUUAGUGCCGUCGCUUUUUUCAUACAUGAGUUUGUGAUCACACGCUUACAAAUUUUGGAAAAAUUCUGUAUAGCCAGCCAGAUAUCAUGUCAUCGAGGAACAUAACACUAGUCUCUCCACACGGUUUAAUUUUAACGUGAGAAUCCGUUCCGGAUGUUUACAAUUUUUGCGCAAAAGUGUAAAGAUUUCUUCAUACAUUAUUAAUUUCCUUUCAGAUUGCAAUUUUUUUUCAA